AUGGCCUACAUCACCAAGCUUGAUGUUGGCACCACCAUGACCUCCGUAGAUUGCCAGAAACAAGUUCGUUCAUGGAGGCUUCUACGUUCCCUCAUUCAACUACUAAUCCCCACUUGCAACUGCACCUUAGUAGAACAACAAGAACAAGACUACAACAACACUUCAAAAAACUGUCACAAAAAAUAUCCCUCAUCGUCACAUUCACUCAUUCCCUCUACAACAAUCACCGGCACUAUAUUCGGAUACCGUAAAGGAAAAGUAAGUUUCUGUAUCCAAUCCAACCCGAACUCCACCAACCCAAUUCUCCUUCUCGAACUAGCAAUCCCAACCAGUGUUUUAGCACAGGAAAUGAGAGGAGGAACUUUAAGAAUUGUGCUUGAAAGUGUCACUUCAGGCACUUGCAGUAACAGUAAUAAUAACAACCUGUUUUCAACUCCUCUGUGGACUAUGUACUGUAAUGGAAGGAAAGUUGGGUAUGCGGUUAAGCGUAAACCUUCAAGAAGUGAUUUUGAAGCAUUGAGUUUGAUGCGUUGUGUUUCUGUGGGUACUGGUGUUAUAAACGGAAAGGAGGAUUGUAAAGAAGAUGAUCAACUUAUGUUUCUUAGAGCUAAUUUUGAAAGGGUCCGUGGUUCGUCUAAAACGAAUUGCGAAUCUUUUCAUUUGAUUGAUCCAGAAGGAAGAAUUGGCCAAGAGCUUAGUAUUUUCUUUUUUCAACCUAGGUGA